UCCAUCUUGCCCGCUCGGCUAGCCAAUCACAGCGCAGGAUUUGAUUCAUUUUGCCCGCUCACGGAGCUAGCAAUAUAAUAAAGGAGCAUAUCACAUAUAUGCUCCUGCCCCGUAACAUGACCGCCGGCUUGGGGGUUAUGUUCUGGACGUUUGGGUCGGCCUGAUAGAUACUCUUUGGAGUCAGACGAUUUGAUUUGGCUCUCCAUGUCAGUGUAUUUAUAUAUCUGAUUACUCCCUUGCCUGUUGCUCUUUUUUUUUCCGAUAUUCCUGAUAUGCCUCUCCUGACGCCAAUAAUUUUUAUGGCAAAAGUUUCAAAUCUCCUUUUCGCGGGGGACUGGAAACGAGUUCGAUUUUGACAGCGAGAGAGUGUAAACAAGCUAAAAUGACCGCGAAAUUGGCUACUGCGAGUCGAGUAUACAGAAAAGCUUCAUUUGUACGCUCCCUGUACGGCUUCUGUGGUUUUUAUGAUCUCGUCGUAUAGAUGUCGAAGGGAAUUGAGAACACAAGAGAACGCUGCACUGAGUUCGGUAAACGGGCUUACGCGCUGCUUGCUCUCGCGUACACGCUUGCAGUCGCAAUGGCAAAUUUUCAAAUGUCUGACUGUCAUCAGCAGAUUGCGUUUCGGGCUAAAUGUUCAAACGGUGGUAACAAGUUUCUGCUUGCACAAUGAGAAUGAGGAUUUUCUUUCGUGAAGGGAUUUUUCUAUCCUUAGCCCUCGCCCUGGUGUUCUCCAGCGCGUUUUCUCAGGCCCAGGAUUCUGGUGAGAUCUGUACUGGUGCUUUUGAACCGGUUGGAAAAAUUGCCUGUGAUGUAAAUGCCCUGUGCUAUGAAGAUGAUGGUGCCUUUACGUGUGUAUGUAAAGAUACCUAUAUUGGUGAUGGCUGGGCUGCUGGAUCGGGCUGUAUUGAAGGACUCAGUCAGGACAUGCCGGAUAGUGGAAAAGAGGAAAGUCGUCACAUGAUUGAAUCAAGACAAGUGCCUGUGGGCAUGUGGACUACUGGCAGAAGUCGUAUUGAACCAUGCAAAGGAUUCUGGUUCUGGAUGUUCAGGAUGGUUUGUGUACGGAAUUCUGUCUGCAUGCAAGGAUUCAGACACAGCACAUGGAUCAAGUGCAUUUGCCAAACAGGGCGCGGGAAUGGUUUUUCUCCUCGUUUCCCGGGAGGCACGGGGUGUCGUUAAUGUUUCCUUUCUUUUACCUGGACUGCCAUUUGACGUUUUUACUUUGUAAACUGAUUUGGGACUGAAAUAAAGAAAAAAAAAAACUUAA